AUGGCCUUCCUCCGAACUCAGAAACCACAGAAACUCUCCCUUUACAGCUCAUGCUAUGGCUUUAUCGAGCUAUCUCCUUCGCUAAAAUCCAACUUCAUGAAUCUGGUUUCCAGUCUCGUGGAAGAGGAUAAUGUCAAGGUUGCUCAAGAGUUUGGAAUAUUCCAUGCAAUUUUAAAUGCUGGUGGAGUUUAUGGCAUGGCUGUUUGGCACAAUACAUGGUUGAAUCUUCCCCAUUUGAAAUCAAACACAGAGAAUUUUUCCUCCCUGGUUAUAGUAUAUCCUGAAGGGCCAACUCUUUCAUCUGCAGGUAGCAAAGCACGCGGAGGGGAAGCAGCAGAAGCAAUAUUGAAACAUUGCAUGAAAUGGCUGGAUGAAAAGGAACUGACCUCAGUUCUUUCUGUGGCCUUUGGGUCACAAAGUUCUCCCUCUGAAGCUCAAACGUAUGAAUUGGCCAAAGCGCUUGAGGCUAACGUCAAUUUUCUUUGGGUUGUUAGGACACCUUCAGCUGAAGGUUUUGAGGAAAGGAUUAAAAACAGCAAAAGGGGUUUACUUCAAAAAAAGGGGCACCCCAGAUGGGUACUGCUAAGAAUAACCCAAAGAAUGAUGAUUCUGAUAACUAAGCUUGCAGCUGAGUGA